UCCAAUCCCUUUCAUAUAUGAGAAUGUGUGGCUCCACCCUAGCAUAAUUAUAUUAUUUAUAAAAACCAUAUAUAUAGCACUCGCCAGCAUGUUAUAAAUAUACUACUUAUAUUAUGUAUAGGCAUAUAUGGUGAUCUCAUAGUACUACCAGUAGACAGUAAUGGUUUAUUGUAUCAUUGUGACAAGUACGGUACAACCCUCGUUAUUCCUGAAGGAGCAGUACAGGAGUCAGCUACUGUAUGGUUUGGAGCAUGUUUGUAUGGUGAUAAAUUUGAUUUUGAUAACUAUGUUCCUGUCACUCCUAUUGUGUGGGUUUAUAUUAAUCAGGAGCUGAUGAAACCAGCAGAACUUUACUUGCCUCAUCAUAUUGAUGUUACCAACCAAACUUCGAAAAGCAACUUAGUUCUUCUAAAUGCUGACGAUGAAACAUUUUAUAGGAAAGGCAGUUUUAUGUUUACUUCAGUUGAUGACACUGAAAUGGAAGUAGAAGCAGCAUUAUGCAAAAUAUAUUGUAAUCACUUUUGUUCUCAUUGUGCUGGUGUUGAUAAACGAACAUAUAAAGAUACUGAUAAACAGUGUCAGUUAGCAGUUGCAACAAAAAAAGAAGAUGAUGUGACAGUUUCAGUACACUUUUGCAUAUUACCAUUUCAGCCUGCCUGUAAAAAGGUUGUUCUAGAGCAAUAUAAAGAAAGGAAUUUUACACUUACUUUUUCUAAACCUAUGAAGUUUGCAGAUGGUGGUAAUAUUUCACUGGAAUUUGAUCCUGAUGAGAAAAUUUUAGGCUGGGAAAAAGAUGAAGAUGACAUUUAUUGUGAUAAUGAGGUUUUGGAAAAGGAAGUCGAUUAUAAUGAAGUGAUUGGGUACCAAGAAGUAGCAUCCAAGAAUAAUAUUAAAAGACUAGAAGAAUUAGAAAAAGACCUACUUUAUCCUCCUCGCCUUCGUUUUCGAUUCAACUGCACCAAUCAAUCACUUGCAGAUAAAAUCACUAAAAUAAAAGUUAAAUUAAAUGGAUGUGAUCCAGUUUUGAAAUACAUUAUCAAAUUAAAAAGACCUGAUUUUAGCCCCUCUACUUUUGCUGAUCUUUCUGUUACUCCUGAAGAAACCUUUGAUGAUAUUCACAGCCGCUUGCAAUUUGACUUUGUUUUACUUAAGUCACUGUUAGUUGUUGGUGCUGCUUUUAAAGAUCAUCAUGAUGCUGAUAACAAAUGGUUUGUGUUUGGAUUAGCUCUUGGAUUGAGUCAUUCACAGUUGCGGGAUAUUGAAGCACAAAACAGUACAUUAGAGCAAUACGUCAGAGAAUCACUUAUGCUAUGGAGGACAAGAAACACAACAGCUUCAUGUAAACCAGUUGUCGAUGCUCUUAAAACAAUUCAUUUUGAAGAUACAGCUGCUCAACUUGAGUCUCAUUUUGAAGGUACAGCCGUAGCAGUACCUGGUGAUUCUCAUACUGACUUUCCUGUAAGCAGAAGUGCAAAAGUAACUUGUAAUGAUAUUACAUCAUUUGACCCAUCUCAACAAAAACUAGAUAUAACAAAAGCUGUCGAUGUUUUGAAUGCUUUAAAGUUAUUUGAUACUAAGAAAUGGAAAACAUUAGGACUUAAUUUGGGACUUUAUUUAACAACGCUAAAUAAAUUUACUGAAGAUCACUUGACAAAUACAGUUGGGGCUUGGUUGAGUUGUGAAGAUGGUGUUAUGGAAAAUGGAGGAGCAACUUGGCAAAACUUGAUCAAAGCUGUCAAAGAUACUGGUGAUAAAGCUACAGCUGAAAAAAUUCGCAAAAAAUUGUAACUAAAAUAGUCAAAGUUUCAAAAUGCAUAAUGGCAUAAUUUUGUAAUUCUCUUCAUUAAUAUGGUUUUUAAUUUCCAAAUUGCAA